AUGAGAAAAAGCAAGGAUGUGCGACCUCCUUCAGAUAUCAAACCUUUCGCCCAAACGCCAUUGAAUCUGGAUGUUGCUAUUGUCGGCGCAGGGAUUGGUGGGUUAUCGGCUGCUAUUGCACUAGUUCGAGAUGGCCACCGUGUGACGGUAUACGAAUCAGCCGCAGAACUUUCAGAGAUCGGCGCCGGCGUUCAGAUGUCACCAAAUGGCGUCCGCCAAUGGCUCGAAUGGGGGAUAGGCCCAAAUCUGCUUGAAAGAUCAUUGAUGCCAUCCGAGAUGAAACUUCGACGCUGGAAAGAUGGGGAAUUUCUAUCUCGAACAGAACUCAACCCGGACUUCGAGAGAAAAUUCGGCGCACCGUACCUAGUUCUCCACCGUGCUGACCUGCACAGUGUGCUUCUCAAGCAUGCGGUCAAACUAGGCGUGAAAGUCCGAGUUGGCAGCCGUGUGAUUGAAUAUGACUUCGAUACACCGACGAUUAAAUUGGUCAAUGGCGAGGUUGUACAGCCAGGCUUGGUUGUCGCAGUAGAUGGAAUCAACUCUUUUGCUAGAAGCCAAUUUUCCAAAUUUCCGUAUCGAGGUCCUCAAAAGACUGGUGUUGCUGCCUACCGCCUCAUGGCAGACAUCGCGGAUCUAAAGGCGGAUCCUGAAACAGCUUGGAUUGUGUCUAGUACUGAUCUCAACCUUUGGGUGGGAAAUAAUUGCUCUGCAAUGUCAUAUAUGAUUUGCAAUGGAAAGUAUUUGAAUCUAGUUCUUUCACAUCCCGAUGCGACCGAUACUUCCAACAAGUCACAGCAAGAACUAACAGAAGAAAUGCUGUCAUACUUCCAUGAUUGGGAUCCAGUAUUGAUGAAGAUCGUCGAAAAGAAGAAGACAAUCCAGAACUGGCCUUUGUUCGAAGUAGAUCCUCUCGACAAAUGGGCUUCCGAUUCUGGAAAAUUCAUAGUGAUAGGUGAUGCAGCUCAUGCAAUGGUCCCUUAUCUAUCGAUGGGCGUCUCAAUGGCAGUGGAGGAUGCCGCUGCUCUUGCCAAAGCACUGAGUUACAUGAAAGACAGAAGCGAUCUCCUACCGGCUCUUCAACUGGUGGAGAAACUUCGUAUUCCUCGCACCAAAAGAGUCCAAGAGGCGAGCUUUUCCAACGGGCAAGUCCUACAUCUCUGCGAUGGACCAAGCCAAAGGCAAAGGGAUGCCGCACUAAAUCCAUCUGCGGAGGGAAAGCUACUCGAUAAUAGCCCUUAUGGUCUGAACGAUCCAAAAACCCAAGCAUGGUGCUAUGGCUACAACGUCGUACGGGAUGUUGAAGAUUAUGUCAGAUCUGGAGGUUUUAGAGUCAAUAGCCAUCCAUAA